AUGGAUGUCAGUGCUCAGAUCCUUUUCUCCGCAUCGAAACACUUUGAUUUCGAUCUGGUGUUGUUCGAGGUUGGUGACUUUGGAUUUUAUCAAAUUCUUUUCUUCUUCAUCAUGUGUUUACCCGCUAGUAUCCCAUCAGCGUUUUCGGCUUUCAAUCAGCCAUUUGUUGUUGGAUCUCCCUCACAUCAUUGCCGAGUUCCAGAUGACCAGCAAUACCUUUUACCUUCUUCAAACGACUCGAAAAUAAGCAGUUGUUUCCAAUAUAAUGAAACAGAAGUGUCAAGGUUCAAAUCUUUCACUACAGCGCCAUUCGAAACCUACUAUAAGGACGAAGUAUCGCUUAUUCCAUGUCAGAAUGGUUGGAUUUAUGAUAACAGUACCUACUUAGACAGCUUAGUAACUGAAUUCAAUUUGGUUUGUGAGGACGAGUCUUGGGUUGAAAUUUCCACUACCUCCUUCUAUGUAGGUAGUUUCAUUGGAAAUUAUCUUUUCGGGUUCAUCGCUGAUACUUAUGGAAGAAGAAGAAGCUUUUUCAUCAUUUUGGCUGCUCUAGUCACUUUUGGAACAGCGAAUGCUUUUGUUACUGAUAUCCGAAGCUUUAUCAUACUACGCUUUUUGACUGGACUACCAUUUCCUGCAUUGUUUCAAAUUCCCUUCAUCAUUGCAAUGGAAUUCAUGGGUCCAUCGGGGAGAAUUUUCUCAGGUCUAAUGAUAAAUUUGUUUUAUGGAGUUGCCAUGACACUUCUUGGUAUUGUGGCCAUGUUCACGAGAAGAUGGCGACAAUUAACACUACUGUGCAAUGCUCCUUUCGUAGCACUAUUCGUUUAUUACUUCUUUUUACCAGAAUCCCCCAGGUGGCUAGCAUCAGCUGGCAAAUGGCCCGAAGUUAAGAAGCAACUGGGGAAAAUAGCAAAAGCGAACGGCAAAUCUGAUGUAGACGUUGGAAGUCUUGUCGAUGCUCUUGAAAACAACCACAAGGAUGAUGUCAACAAUCAGAAACAUUAUAAUGUUAUUGAUCUUUUCAGAACAGAAAACUUGCGCAAAAAAACGCUUCUUGUGACAUAUAUAUGGGUUAUGAAUGCAAUCAUCUACAAUGGAUUGACACUUAAUGUUUCUAAUCUUCCUGUUGAUGACUAUUGGUCUUUCAUAAUAAACGGAGCAGUUGAGCUACCAGGCUAUUUCAUAGUUUGGCCUCUCCUACAAACACUUGGAAGACGGUGGACUAUGGUGUUAUGUAUGGUCACUUGUGGAUUUGGAUGUGUAUCAUGCAUGUUUGUACCUCCGGAAUACCCAUGGGCAGUGGCUUCUGCCUCUUUCAUCGGAAAGUUUGGGGUAGGAUCAGGAUUUGCUGUAAUAUAUAUAUUCGCUGGUGAACUCUAUCCUACAGUGCUCAGAGCAAUAGGGAUGGGAAUGAGUAGCAUGAUAGCUGGCUCAGGCCUUCUAUUAGCACCACACAUAGUUAAACUAGGAUCAUAUAUGAAAAUCAUUCCACUAAUAAUUUUGGGCUUGAUGGCUCUUUCAGCAGCAGUUUGCACUUGGUUCCUGCCUGAAACUUUAGGCGCUCCAUUGCCAAUGACCAUUGAAGACGCAGAAAAUUUCGGUAAAAAAGAAAAGAAAGGGUUGUUCACUGGUGCCCUCGAAAGACAGCAAAGACAUGAAAGUCAGGGAUUUCUUCAAAAUGUACGUCUCAGUCAAGCAUUCAUUAAGGAAUAG